AUGGGGGACCACACUCGACCUUCAGCCUCUCGCCGCUCCCCGAGUCUCUCUUCUGAUGACGAUAACCUCGACUUUUCCAACGAGCCCACCAAUGCCAACAAUACUGCCGGGUCAGGAUCUCCAUGGGUUCCCUCUCAGACAACCAUUGAUAUUCUCCAAGCGCAUCUGGCAGUUGACCCCGACUCUGACGCUUCAGAAGCUUCUGAACCACGUGUGCACCCCGACUUCUUCGUCUAUCUCGAGAGACUGCGAAGGCUCAAUGAAACCACUCGCGUAAAUGCGCGCAGGGAAGUUGAAGCCUGGCACCAAGCUAUGUUUGGGUCAAACCAGUCCCAGAAUCAAGCUUCUCAGACGGUUGAUUCUCAACACCAACACCAUGCUUCUCUCAUUCUCAAUGAGUCCCACGACGAAGAUUCUCCUAUGAUUGAUGAACCCCAGGAUGAAGCUGCUCGGAUACUUGAUGAGUCCUAUCAAGGAACUUCGCAAUUUACCAACGAAUUCAACCAACCCUUGUACCACGCCGGUGCCGAGCAUGGGUUACAGCCGCCCGCGAUGGGCAUGCGUGAGCAACAUGGAACCCAAGAUCCCACUACAGCCGAAUCAUCCGGGCCGAUUCCACAUGUCCGUUUUGAGACACCUGAUCCCAUGGGCACUGCCGCUAGGGACCAUUCUCGUCACCAUAGAGCCCCUUCCCCCUACCCGACAGCAACUCAGGGCGAAUCCUCUGCUGCUUCAAACUCCAUGCCACCUCCUCCUAUACCAGCACGUGAGCCACGCCGGUAUACCGACUGGGGAAACCCUUACAGAUUUCCAUUUGACCCUGCUCCGUUCCCUGAGGGUGCCACCCCUUAUGCGCCAGAACGCAUUAUGCAAGCAUGGCUUAUCCGGCAGCAGCUAAUUGCCGGCGUUCGUCCUGAGGACAUCGAGCCCAUGGCGAUCCCACGCGGCAGGCGUCACCGAACUCCUCCCUACAUGAUUUUGAAUGAAACCGGUGCCCAUAUCGUAAGAAUUGAGCCUGCCGCCUUCGAGGGUACCAUGCUUCCUCUGCCCGUCCUUCCUUGGCUGCCGCGGCGCCCAAAUCCCAACUCAUCCACUGCGCCUGUUUUAUCUAAUACACCCGAUGCUUCGGGUCUACCCACUGGUCUAGAUACUGCGACUGCUCCAAACUCAGCGAGUAUUCUAAACUCGUCGGUUGCCCCGAAUCCCGCCACAAACCAGCCAGUUGCUUCUGAUCUGUCAGCUGCUGCAACACCGCUAGCUGCUCUAAACCCGCCAGAUCCUCCAGCCUUCAUGGCUGAUUCAAGCCCCGUUAAUACUCUAAACUCCUCGGUUGCUUCAAAUUCGUCGGCUGCCACAAACCCGUCGGCUCCUCAACCGCCCCCGGUGGAUACAAGCUCAGCGAGCCCUCCCAACUUGUCGGCUACCCCAAAUAUGUUGGCUACCACAAACCUGCCAGUUACUUCACACCUGCCAGCUGCUCCAGCUUUAACAGACUCCACUGUUGUUUCGGACCCGACUUAUUUACCAGAACAAAGUUCGAGAGAUCUAAGUCAAGAUGUUGCAGAAAGUCAGAACCCGGAUCCACGUAUGGUGGCCUUUUUCCAACCUCUUAGGCUACAUCAACCUGCUAAUUCAGCCUCAGCUUCUGUACCAGAUUCUUCUCCAGAAAGACCAACCACAUCUGAGCCCAGCCCCAACGAGAACAGCCAAAUUUCCGCCGCUGCCCUCCAAGCGCAGUCGCAGGCCACCAUGCCCCUGAGCGUGCAAAAUCGUACUGAUGCUGAUUCGAUCAGUUCUCAAGAAGUCCAUGGGGUUGGGGUGUCUCCCGCCCAUUCACAGGACCGAGAUUCUUCAACUGUCUCUCCUCUGUCGAACGAAGGGACCGAGACCGGUCAUGUUCCUCCUCCCCAUGCCCCCAAUGGCAAUGGGGUUAUGCAUCAUGCGAUCACCCUCUCGGAACCCGAGGAUCCUGACGAGCCCGCUACGCCACGUCUCCGUCGUUUUGCCAUCGACGGAGCGGAUGAUACACUCGUGGUGAGCCACCUUUCUGGGGAGGUUAAGGCUGCCAGUGAUCAAUCCUCCUUCAGAGGGUUGAUUUAA